CAGUUAGUCUAUAAAGCCUGUAGACUACCCUCACCAGUGCCUCCUCUAAGGAGUAGAGAGUGAAGGAGAAGCAGCUGCACUCUGUUCGUUCUCUUUUUUUUUGUGCCCACCGGUGUGCCUGAGCAGCUUCCUUUGGAAACAUGUCAAAGGAUAUCCACCCGACCAUGGACCCCACUAAGAUGGGGCUCGGACGCUCCAUUGCUGUGCUGACGUCAGGAGGAGAUGCACAAGGUAUGAACGCUGCGGUGAGAGCCACAGUCAGAGUGGGUCUCUACACCGGAGCAAAAGUCUACUUUGUUCAUGAGGGCUACCAAGGUCUGGUGGAUGGAGGAGACAACAUCCGCCUCGCCACAUGGGAGAGUGUGUCCAUGAUGCUGCAGCUGGGGGGUACGUGAUAGGCAGUGCACGCUGUAAGGAUUUCCGCUGCAGAGAGGGCCGUAUGACUGCAGCUCGUAACCUGGUUAAGCUGGGCAUCACCAACCUGUGUGUGAUUGGAGGAGAUGGCAGUCUGACUGGAGCCAAUGAGUUCAGGACUGAGUGGAGUGGACUGCUGGCGGACCUUGUCAAAGCUGGUAAGAUCACAAAUGAAGAGGCCAAGAAAUCUUCCCACCUGAACAUCGUGGGCAUGGUGGGCUCCAUCGAUAAUGACUUCUGUGGAACAGACAUGACCAUCGGCACUGACUCUGCCCUGCAUCGCAUCAUCGAGGUGGUCGACGCAAUCACCACGACUGCACAGAGCCACCAGAGGACGUUCAUCCUGGAAGUGAUGGGAAGACACUGCGGGUAUCUGGCCCUGGUGACGGCGUUGGCCUGUGGUGCAGACUGGGUGUUCAUUCCAGAGAUGCCACCAGAUGAGGGUUGGGAGGACCACUUGUGCAGGAGGUUGACAAAUCAAAGAGCCAGAGGUUCUCGUCUGAAUGUGAUCAUUGUGGCUGAGGGUGCAAUGGCCAGAGACGGCAAACCAAUCACAUCCGAACAGAUCAAAAAGCUGGUGACUGAAAGGCUCGGCUUUGAUACUCGUACCACUGUUCUUGGACACGUUCAAAGAGGAGGAACACCCUCUGCCUUCGACAGAAUCCUGGGCAGCAGGAUGGGUGUGGAGGCAGUGAUGGCGCUGCUGGAGGCCACUCCAGAAACUCCUGCCUGUGUGGUCAGCUUGUCUGGGAACCAAGCAGUCAGACUGCCACUCAUGGAGUGUGUGCAAGUGACCAAAGAUGUGACCGCUGCAAUGGCUGAGGGCAGAUUUGAGGAUGCCAUCAAGCUCAGAGGAAAGAGUUUUGAGAACAACUGGAAUACAUACAAGCUGCUGGCUCACAUCAACCCCCCAGAUGUUAAGAGCAACAUCAAUGUGGCUAUAAUGAACAUUGGCGCUCCCUGUGCUGGUAUGAAUGCUGCCGUUCGCUCAGCUGUCAGGAUGGGUAUCAUCCAGGGUCACACCAUGUUGGCUGUCCAUGACGGCUUCGACGGUCUGGCUCAUGGACAGAUUGAGCCGAUUGUCUGGACUGCAGUGAGCGGCUGGACCGGAAAAGGAGGUUCAAUGUUGGGCACCAAGAGAACUCUUCCAGGGAAAAUGUUGGAGGAAAUCAGCCAGAACAUUGCAAAGUUCAACAUCCACGCUCUGGUGAUCAUCGGUGGAUUUGAGGCUUAUGUGGGAGGCCUGGAGAUGGUUCAGGCCAGAGAGAAGUACGAGGAGAUGUGCAUUCCGAUGGUGGUCAUCCCCGCCACCGUCUCCAACAACGUCCCUGGCUCUGACUUCAGCAUCGGCGCUGACACCGCCCUCAACACCAUCACCUCUACUUGUGACAGAAUAAAGCAGUCUGCAGCAGGGACCAAGCGCCGCGUUUUCAUUGUUGAGACUAUGGGUGGAUACUGCGGCUACUUGGCCACCAUGGCUGGUAUGGCUGCUGGUGCUGAUGCCGCCUACAUCUUUGAGGAGAAAUUCAGCAUUAGAGAUCUGGAGGCGAAUGUAGAACAUCUCCUGGAGAAGAUGAAGACAACAGUGAAGAGAGGUUUGAUUCUCAGGAAUGAGAACAGUAACGCCAACUACACCACUGACUUUGUCUUCAACCUGUACUCAGAGGAAGGAAAAGGCAUCUUUGACUGCCGCAAGAACGUUCUGGGACACAUGCAGCAGGGCGGCACUCCAACACCCUUUGACAGAAACUUUGGCACAAAGAUGGGGGCCAAGUCUGUGCUGUGGCUUUCUGAGAAACUCAAGGAGUGCUACAGGCAUGGUCGUAUCUUCGCUAACACACCAGACUCUGCCUGCGUGCUGGGCAUGAAGAAAAGGGCUCUCACUUUCCAGCCUCUUGCUGACCUGAAGGGAGACACAGAUUUUGAGCAUCGCAUCCCUAAGACACAGUGGUGGCUGAAGAUCAGGCCCAUCAUGAAGAUCCUGGCCAAGUACAACAUCAAACUGGACACAUCGGAACACACCGACAUGGAGCAUGUGAUCAAGAAGAGGAGUCCACUCGGAAAAUAGGCCACACUGAAAACUGCCAAACUUAGCAUUUACAAGUCAGAGUGGGGAAUUUUUCUGUUCCAUUAUAAAGUCUUCAAUACAUGUUCACAUGCUCUGGUAAAGGAGCGACUGAUUCCCCAAUCCUAAUCUUGAAUGUGUUUUUGUUUCUUAGAAUUCAUUGUUCUGUUGCUCUGACAACUAGCAAAUGUUUUAGUGAAGCAAAAAAUGGAAGACAUCAAGUAACAACUGAAAAAUAUACAUUUAAAAAAACAAAACAUCACUGUCUGUCCUUUGUAUUAAGAAAGUAGAAUAUGACUUGUCUGAAGAACCAUUUCAACUGAGAAUCUUACUUUAUUUACCCACAAUUUAGUAAAACAAUGCGGAUGAGCUACUCAUAAGCAAAGGUCGGGGCGCUGUGUAACCUGAAUCUGAACAUUCUGUGUUGACUGCAACAUUUCCAUCAGUAGAUCUUUUUAGUGGACGUACUCCUGUUAAUUUUAACACUUCAAAAUACGUAGAUUUAAUAAUACUGGUGAUAAUAAAUUCCCUUACAUAU